CCGUCCUUGACGUCGUAACCAUUUUUUCUUAUGCUACGGCGCGCGCCCACUCUCAAGGACGGAAAAGUACUUGAUCGACUCCAAGGGAGCGUCAGAAUCAAUAGCCCAUUCAAGCCUCCGAGUUUCACAGCUGUCGCUGACCGCGCCCAAGCAAUCCGUAAACGAAAACGAGUAUCCUACAAGGAGCAGCAGGAAGAUGAUUUGGACUCUGAUGGGGAUGGCCACAAAAAGAAAAGAAAGAAGGACGAUAAGGACGCAUACCACAAUAAAGCGGAGCUCUUGGCUACCGUGAAGAAAUAUCCGGUCUUCAAGCCAAAACCGUUCAAUCAAUGCCGCAGGUUCUCCAUGCCUUCGAUGACGGACAAAGAUGGAGAAAAUAUCCUUCUUGUUCCCUCAAAUGUCUCUCUUGGCACCCGACCGCAGGCGAGAUUUAUUCCGCGACCGUUACACGAUCCUAUGGAAGACCACGCCAUUGUCCUGUACGAUCCUACCAUAGAUGAUCAGGAGACCGACGAGGAGCGGAGAGAGAGGAGGAAAGAGGAAGAGAAGGUGAAAGCUUUGUUAGAGGGGCAAGAGAAGACCGCAGGAAUGUUCAACCCUCACAAGAGCCUGAAAGUCAUGUUAGGUGAAGACAAGAACAAGGAGGCUAUAGCAAAGGUUCCAGUGGUCAUUGACCCACGGCUUAGCAAGAUUCUUCGACCACAUCAAGUUGAAGGCGUGAAGUUUCUAUACAAAUGUACAACGGGCAAGGUCGUCGAGAACCAGUACGGCUGCAUUAUGGCUGACGAGAUGGGACUCGGGAAAACGCUACAAUGCAUCGCUCUACUAUGGACCUUGAUUAAACAAUCGCCUCAUGCUGGUAAACCAUCCAUCGAAAAGUGCAUUAUCGCCUGCCCUUCUAGUCUUGUCAAAAACUGGGCUAAUGAGCUAGUAAAAUGGCUCGGCAAGGACGCCAUUAACGUUUUGGCGGUCGAUGGCAAAGGUGGCAAAACCGUCCUUCUUGAGAAGGUUGCUCAGUGGGUGGCAGCGUGCGGCCGCAAUGUGACGCAGCCAGUUAUGAUCGUCUCAUACGAAACGUUACGAACAUUAUCCGUGUACCUGGCGAAUUGCGCUAUUGGUCUCCUGCUCUGUGACGAGGGGCAUAGACUGAAGAAUUCAGAAUCCCUGACCUUCACUGCGCUUAAUGCCCUCGAUGUCAAACGUCGCGUUAUACUUACAGGAACGCCUAUCCAGAACGACUUGUCUGAAUAUUUCUCUCUGCUCAACUUUGCGAAUCCCAACUUCCUGGGAUCUAAGAAUGAUUUCCGAAAGAAUUUCGAGAACUUUAUCAUUCGCGGCCGGGAUGCCAUGGCAAGCGACGCGGUGAAGGCUGAAAGUGAAAAGAAACUAAAGGAGCUUGGUGGUCUUGUUACUAAGUUUAUCAUUCGAAGGACUAAUGAUCUCCUUUCGAAAUACCUGCCGGUCAAAUAUGAACAUGUCGUGUUCUGUGGUCUUUCGGAUUUCCAGCUGUCACUAUAUCGAUUGUUCAUCUCUUCGCCAGAGAUCAAGGCAUUACUGCGAGGCGCUGAUUCUCAGCCACUCAAAGCUAUUAAUAUUCUGAAGAAACUAUGUAAUCACCCAGAACUCCUGAACCUCCCCGAAGAUCUUCAGGGAUCCGAGCAUCUGAUACCGGAAGGUUUCGUCGGUGCCGGGGCGGCAGGUGGCAGCAGCAGAGUCGGCGGCGGAAGAAACCAAACUGUUCGCUGCGAUUGGGGUGGCAAGUUCCUCGUUCUAGAAAGGUUUUUGCAUCAAUUACGAGCAACGACGAAUGACAAGAUUGUUCUCAUCAGCAAUUACACACAGACGCUCGACCUGUUUGAGAAACUCUGCCGAAGCAAGAAAUAUGGAUUUUUCCGUUUAGACGGAACCAUGACCAUAACUAAACGCCAGAAGCUGGUUGAUCAAUUCAACAACCCUGAAGGGAAGGAAUUCAUCUUUUUACUCAGCAGCAAAGCUGGUGGAUGCGGCAUAAAUCUUAUUGGAGCUAACCGUCUCAUUCUCUUCGACCCCGAUUGGAAUCCCGCCGCUGAUCAACAAGCUCUUGCCCGAGUAUGGCGAGAUGGUCAGAAGAAAGAAUGCUUUGUGUACCGAUUUAUCUCAACGGGAACGAUCGAAGAAAAAAUCUUUCAACGACAAGCCAACAAACAGGCCCUUUCGUCUGCGGUUGUGGACGAAAACGAAAAUACCGAACGCCAUUUCUCAAUUGACGCACUGCGGCAACUGUUUUUGUUCAAUGAGAAUACAAUCUGUGAGACGCAUGAAACUUUCAAGUGCAAACGUUGCAAAAAUGGCAAGCAAAUGAUCAAGGCUCCGGCUUUACUGUAUGGCGAUGCCAGCACAUGGAAUCAUUUCACUAAUGAAGAGCUCAAGAACAACCAUGAUGAUCUUUUACGAGCUGAAGUUGGACUACCCGAGAUCUCAUUUGUAUUUCAAUACAUCAGCCAUUAGUCUAUCAUUCUAGCUUCAUGGACGGUAAAUUAUUGUACUAUGGAAAGUGACAUCAUUGAAACGUUGCUUGUAACCCAGCUUAGAAGAUAACCCAGUAGUAUCUCUAGUCAAGAGAGAUAUACC